GUCAUGCAUCACGAUUACACGGAGACUGGUCAGUGUAAUUACUACAUCGGCAAGGUUCCUCUCUCGUCGUCCAUGCUUUCCAUGGCAUUCCCCAAGGGCAGUUCCCUCGUCCCUGCUUUCAAUAAGUGGUUAAUAUCCCUGGUGGAAACUGGCCAUGUGACUCGGCUCAUGUUUGACCUGACCUCUAACGCUAAAGCAUGUAUGGUAAGGCCCGGAAAGGAGAAGAAAACUAACACACCCCUGGUUCUGACAUUAGGUGACCUCGGUGGAGUAUUCUUCCUCUUGGCUGGUGGAGUCCUGCUCAGCAUUCUGGUCUUGUUGGGUGAGUGUCUCGUCCACCAUCUGGCUAAAUCUACCUGAAAGCCUAAGAGCGAUAGGCUGUUUAUGAUGACGACGAAUGCUCGAAAAGACCAAAGACGCACAUUAUGUAUCGGGAGAGAUUUGCGUUGCUGAAAGUCCUGUUGUACG